GACAGCGCUGCGCCGGCGGAGCCGCCAGCGGCAGCGCCGGGCGAGGGCGAGGACGGCGAGGGCGCGGGCGACGGUGGGCCGGCCGGCGCUGGCGCUCGCGGUUCCUCCGAAGGCGCCCCGCCGUCGCUCGUGCUGAGGGAGGCCGCCGCCCCGGCGGCGGAGGCCGAGGAGGACGCCAAGGCCGAGGGCAGCAAGGCGCGCGCGGUGCGGUGGCAGGCGGUGCCCAGCGAUUCGGUGCUGUUCGCGGGCGGCUGCCGGCUGACCCUGGCGACCGACG